AUGUGGACGACAACUUUCGGCUUAAAGGGCAAGAAGCUCCAUCUUGCCAUCACCUUCACAUCCGUUGUUGGUUUCUCACUCUUCGGUUAUGAUCAGGGUUUGAUGUCCGGUAUCAUUUCCGGUACUCAAUUCACAAAGGAGUUCCCCCCUCUGGCUGGUGACUCCGAACAUGUCGCCGUUCUGCGUGGUGCCGUCACCGCCUGUUACGAACUGGGCUGUUUCUUCGGUGCUAUCUUCACUCUGAUGUACGGUCAGAAGAUUGGUCGCACUCCUCUCCUGGUGGCCGGUGGUCUCCUGAUGGUUCUCGGUACCGUUAUCUCCACUGCCGCGUUCGGUCCUCAUUGGGGUCUUGGCCAAUUCGUCGUUGGACGCGUCAUUUCCGGUCUUGGAAACGGCAUGGACACCGCGACUAUCCCUGUCUGGCAGUCUGAGUGUUCGCGUGCACACAACCGUGGUUUCCUCGUUUGCUUCGAGGGUGCCAUCAUUGCCGUCGGAACAUUCAUCGCCUACUGGAUCGAUUUCGGUCUCUCUUAUGUCGAAUCCUCCGUCCAGUGGCGAUUCCCCGUCGCUUUCCAGAUCCUCUUCGCCAUCCUCGUUACUCUCGGUGCUCUCGCCCUACCCGAGUCUCCUCGUUGGUUCGUCAUGCAGGGUCAUGACCAAGAGGCGCUCGAGGUUCUGGCUGCUCUCAAUGAUAGCACCGUCGAUUCCGACGACGUUCUCAACGAUUUCAACCUCAUGAAGGCCGAUCUGAAGUCCCUCGAGGGUGUUCAGGCCAGCAACUGGAAGGUCCUCUUCACUGGUGGCAAGACUCAGAACUUCCAGCGUAUGAUGAUCGGUUGCUCUGGCCAGUUCUUCCAGCAAUUCACUGGUUGUAACGCCGCUAUCUACUACUCCACUCUUCUCUUCCAGCAGAACUUGCACAUGACUGGCAAGCUUCCCCUUGUUCUGGGUGGUGUCUUCGCUACCGUCUACGCUCUCGCCACCAUCCCCUCCUUCUUCAUGAUUGAGAAGGUUGGUCGCCGCAACCUGUUCCUGAUUGGUUUCCUCGGCCAAGGUCUCAGUUUCAUUAUCACUAUGGGCUGCCUGAUCGACUCCAACGCGCAGAAUGCCAAGGGUGCCGUCGUCGGUAUCUUCUUGUUCAUCUGCUUCUUCGCCUUUACUACGCUGCCUCUGCCCUGGAUUUACCCUCCCGAAAUCAACCCUCUCCGCACCCGUACCAAGGCCGCCUCCGCCUCGACCUGCAUGAACUGGAUCACCAACUUUGCCGUCGUCAUGUUCACUCCCGUGUUCUCCAACCAAUCCGACUGGGGUAUCUACCUGUUCUUCGCACUGGUCAACUUCAUCGCCAUUCCCUUCGCCUACUUCUUCUACGUCGAGACCGCCGGUCGUGAUCUUGAGGAAGUCGAUGUCAUCUUCGCCAAGGCUCACAUCGAGAAGAAGUGGCCCUUCCGGGUUGCUCAGGAGCUCCCCAAGCUCACUAUUGCGCAGAUCACCGAGAUGCAGGCCGAGCUUGGUCUCGACACUCUUGAUGAUCACCGUCGCGCCUCCGAGGCCGAAAAGGCCGAGACUGCCAUGGCCGAGAAGCCUGAUCCUGCCAUGAGCAGCGGUGACAGCGACACCAACAAGAAUGUUGAGUAA